CAAUAGUUCUUUGAAGCUUGCAAAUUUCAUUCAUUCCAUUUCAAAAACCAAGAACACUCCUCAUUCUUCAAAACCCUCUCCCAAAAAAAUGAUGAAUAAGCAUCAGCAACACCACCCACCACCUUCAUUUCCAAAGCACUUCCUCAAUGCCCAAAUCCACCUCCAUAAAAUCGUCUCAAGUUUUCUAAUCUUUGCUUUCGGUUUAGCACUAGGCGCUUCCCUCAGCAUCUACCUCAAAGAUUUCCCCUUCCAACUUUAUUCAACACAAAACAAAUACUCUCAUUUGUCAACAAAUAAUCUAACAUUUUCUUCUCCACCACCUCCACAAUCUCUCAAUAUCCCAACAAAUAAUCGAACAUCUUCUUCUCCACCACGACCACCACAAUCUCUCAAUAUCCCGACAAAUCAAACAAGAGCCAAAACCUCCGCCGCCAGCCCUGUACCACCAAUAGGGUUGAAAGAAUACACUAAGUCGCCGAAUAUUUUGCAUGAAAUGGACGACGAUGAGCUGUUGUGGAGAGCUUCUCUGGUGCCGCUACGGCGGGGUUUGCCAUUUAAACGGACUCCAAAAGUUGCAUUCAUGUUUCUGACGAGAGGGAGCCUGGCAAUGGCUCCUCUCUGGGAAAUGUUCUUCAAAGGACAUGAAGGGCUGUACUCCAUUUAUGUCCAUGCCAAUCCGGAUUUCAAUGACACCAUACCUGAAAACUCGGUUUUUUAUGGCAGGAGGGUUCCGAGUAAGAAUGUGACAUGGGGUCAACCUAACAUGGUGCAAGCUGAGCGUCGCCUAUUAGCCAAUGCUUUGCUUGACUUCUCCAACCAACGUUUUGUGCUCCUCUCAGAGUCAUGCAUACCACUCUUUAACUUCAACAUAGUCUACAAUUAUCUCAUGGACUCAAACCAAACGUUCGUGGAGGCCUACGACCUUCCCGGCCCUGUCGGCCGAGACCGGUACAGGCACAAAAUGAGGCCUCAUAUCAUACUCGAUCAGUGGCGAAAAGGCUCACAGUGGUUCGAAGUGGACCGUGAGAUCGCGACCGCAAUGGUUUCGGAUGAAAAGUACUUCCCGUUAUUCACAAGGUAUUGCAAACCCCCAUGCUACUCCGAUGAGCACUACUUGCCCACAUAUGUAAGCAUCAAGUUUUGGAAGAAGAAUUCUAACAGGACGUUGACCUGGGUUGACUGGUCGAGGGGUGGGCCCCAUCCGUCUAAGUUUAUGAGAACAGAUGUAACGAUCGACUUCUUGAAGAAGCUGAGACAUGGAAGCAACUGUGAGUACAAUGGGAAGCCAACCAAUAUUUGCUUUUUGUUUGCAAGGAAGUUCUUGCCACACUCUUUAGAUAGGCUGUUGAGGUUUGCUCCAAAGAUCAUGAGAUUCAAUUGAUUUUUAGGGUUUAGAGGUUUUCUUUUCUUUUCUCAUCAUUCAUUUCUCUGUAAACUAAAAAGGCUUAUGGUUGUUUUUGUCAUUAGCUUUUGUGGCAAAUAAAAAAU